UGCAUUAUUAUUUCAAAUGCAUGUACCUUGUGUUUUUUGGAGCGAUGCUAUUCUUAAAGCCUGUCACCUUAUUAACCGCAUGUUGUCGUCUGUGUUAAAUGGGCAAAGUUCAUACUCUGUCAUUGUACCUCAUACCUCCUUACCUCCUAAAGUUUUUGAAUGUGUUUGUUAUGUCUGUAACUUGGGGUUUGGGUUUGAUAAACUUGACCUUCGUGCUACCAAGUGUCUUCCUUGGAUACUCUCAUACACAAAAAAGGUACAGAUGUUAUAGUCCUACUCUUCGUCGAUACUUCACCAGUGCUGAUGUCACCUUUAAUGAAGAGGUUCCGUAUUUUUCGGCUCCUGAACAGCCUUUACAUCUUGACUUUGGGCAGUCUACACCACAACCUCUUCCCUUGCCGUCACCUACUCCUCUAUCUAUUGCAUCUCCAUCCCCUGCUCCACUCUGUGUAUACUCCCGUCGUGUGCAGUCAUCAGUUGAAAUACCCAUGCCAACUUCCUUGCCGUCUCCUAAUUUGAGUUUCUCAGGUAAUUCUGACUCCUUACUGAUUGGUGUUAGGAAAGGUACUCGAUCAUGUAUUACUAAUCAUCUCAUUGAUAAUUUUGUUUCUUAUGAUGCCUUGUCACCUGCUUUUUUCUACUUCACCAAACAUCUCUCUGCUAUCUCUAUUCCUAAGACUCUACAAGGUGCCUUGUCUCAUCCGGGUUGGAGAAAUACCAUGGAAGUUGAAAUGGAUGCCUUGCAUCAAAAUGGGACUUGGAUCUUGUUCUCUUACCGCCAGAAAAAUGGACGGGUGGUUGUCGAUAGAUAUACACAAUUAAGUUUAAUCUAGAUAAUUCUGUUGAGCAUCUCAAAGCUCAACUUGUUGCUAAGGGAUUCACUCAAACAUAUGAUAUUGAUUAUGCGGAAACAUUUUAUCUUGUUGCCAAGAUCUCAUCUAUGCGUGUUUUAAUUUUUUUGGCUACUAUCCUUUAUUGGCCUUUGUUUCAAUUUGAUGUCAAGAAUGCAUUCUUGUAUGAUAACUUAGCUGAAGAAGUCUACAUGGAGCAGCCACCUGGGUUUACUGCUCAGAAAGAAUAUCGUAGCAGUGUGUGUCAACUGAAUAAAUCUUUGUAUGGUUUGAAGCAAUCACCAAGAGCAUGGUUUAAUAAAUUUUCAGAUGCAUUAUUAAAGUUUGGUCUUCUUCGAUGUCAAAUAGAUCAUUCUAUUUUUCACAGACAAACAGAUGUUGGGUACACUCUAUUGGUGGUUUAUGUUGAUGUUAUUGUAAUCACUUGUAAUGAUUUUGAGGGUAUUACUAAGUUAAAAGUAUUUCUGUUAGACAAAUUUCAUACGAAGGAUCUGAGAAAACUUAGAUACUUCUUAGGUAUUAAAGUUGUCAGAUCUAAGCAG